AUGGCAAGGCCUGGGGGCUUGCGGGGUGAGGACCCCAGAUACAUCCAGCCAGCCAGAAUGAAUGCGGCGGGGGGCGAUUUUACGCCAGGCAAUAGCUACCACCCAGAAAUGAGGCAGAGAGCGGUCGCUGAGUAUAUGGAGCUGGCGCAGCAGGCUGGAGUAGAAAGGCCCUGGGGGGCAGCACAAGAAAUUGCAAGAAGGAUCAGGGUCCAUAGAUCAACCAUCUCUCGCUGGAUAGAUGCUUAUAUGCAAGAUGGGCGUCUUGGCCCCUUAGAGCGGGGCACGACACAUGGAGAAAGGCUAGGUCUCAGGCAUUUGACCUACUUAGAAAGCCUGCUGGAGGCGGAUAAUUCUCUGCAUCUCUGGGAAUUGCAACUGUUUAUGAGCCAAGAUCUGGAGGGAGUUGUUACAGUCGCCGACGUGUCUGAAGCCACCAUAUGGCGUGCUAUCCGGAUGGAUCUGGGUUUGUCUUUCAAGAAGCUGACGCGCAUUGCGCCCCAGCAGCUCACUGAAGAACACCAGGACGUCAGGCUCCGCUUCAUUGCGGAGAUGAUGAACAUCCCAGCACAAUCUGUGCUGUUCGCUGACGAGACCGGUGUAAACUAUAUGUGCGGCUCUCGACGGUAUGGGUGGGGUCCGGCUCAGGGGAACACGCGGUCUGAGGCUUGGGUCAGGAGGGGCUACGCUCCAAAUCACACGGUAGGCACUUGCGGCGAAGUCAUCGCACUGAUGUCCAUCGAUCGGAUCGAGUCACACGCGGUUUUGCGGGGGGCCGCAAAUGCUGACGAUUGGCUCUCCUUCAUUGCUGAUUCAAGUGCUGUCUUUGCGGAGGAGCGGUUUACUCAUUUAGUCAUCGACAAUGCAUCCAUCCAUCAUGCGGUGCGAGAGGAGGUUGAGUUCAUUCUCCAGAAAUUUGGCGUGACCUUGAUUUUCCUGCCCCGUUAUUCCCCUGAUCUUAAUCCGAUAGAGGAGGCCCUUCUCCAAGUUCAAGCACCUCUUGAUGACCAUAGGGCGGGCAUUGGAUGA